CAUCAAUCAACAAUCACGAAUCCCGGAUGCCCGGAUUGGUCCGGAAAUGGUUAAUUAGGGUUGCUCUCGUGUUUUCUUGCCUCCUAAGUUAUGUUUACAAUCCUUAGUUUGUUAUGUAACUCCUGAAAGUAAUUUGUGGUUAAUCAUCGAAGAAUUUCAUUUAUUUAUAGAUUAUAAAUUAUUCACAAGAAAUCAAAGUCGAGAAAAAGGAACAAUGACAACCGAACAAUUUUCUCUCCGUUGGAAUAAUUUCCAUUCCAACUUAACUUCUGGAUUUCAUGAACUUCUUGAAGCCGCUGAACUGGUCGAUGUAACGUUGGCUGUGGAUGGACAUUUUUUGCAAGCUCACAAAAUUGUUCUCUCUAUAUGUAGUCCCUAUUUUAAGCACAUGUUUAAAGUUAACCCUUGUAAACAUCCCAUCGUGAUAUUGAAGGACGUUGGUCAUGAAAAUAUGAAAGAUAUCCUAGAAUUUAUGUACAGGGGGGAAGUUAGUGUUCUUCGAGAAAACUUGACUCAGUUUCUUAGGACUGCUGAGCUGUUGCAAGUUAAAGGACUGACUGGAGACGAUUCAGGUGAAGAACCUUCAUCUCCAAAAGAUAAAACAAAUUGUGAUAAUGAGGAAGAGAAUGAAAUUUAUAAUCAGUUGAUAGAAACUGAUGUUGAAAUGCCAAUUUAUUCUCCUGCCUCAAAUUUGGCAUCAGUUCCCAAAAGAACAAAAAAUACUAAUAACACUAGUAUAAAUAACAAACGUCCUAAGUCAGAAAAUCAUCAGCCUCAAUCGAAUCAAGUGAGAUCCGUUAAACAGGAAUGUGAGCCAAUUAAAUCAAAGAAUGAAAAAAACAAUAUCAAUAACUGUGAAGAAGCAAAACCGGACAAUGUAAAUACUAAUUCAGUUAAGAUCACUCCAGAACCAGACGACUGCAAAGAACCUCUCAACAUGAAUAUGAAAUCAAUUUGGGAUAGCACCUUUGGGGCUGCUGCUUCAACAGAUCUUAUGAACUCAUCUGAUCAAGCUAAAUGCCGAACCUGCGGAAUAUAGAUGAGAUGAAGCAGCAUCAGGAGGCACAUGUUUGACGUGUAUUUACCAACUCAGCGACUUUCCUGUGAUCUGUGUCACAAACAGCUUGGCUUGACUACGCACCUUAUCAUCAUUCAUAAAAAAAUUAACUAUUUCUAAUGAAAGUAUCAAUUCCUCACCUAAUAUUUGAUAAGCAUAGAUUAUUUUUAUACUACAAAUUGAAUUUUGUAAUCUCUGUAUGAUCAAAACUACUCUCAAAAAGCAUUUUCUCAACUUGUGAAGUUGUUUUUGAACUUUUAGGAUAUGUGGGUUAUUAAAAUAAUAUCACCUUUCUAAAAGUGUUUUAUCAAUAUGUUUAACUUAAAAAUGGGUGCAAAAUAAUUCAUUUGGAAAAGACUGAAAAUAUUUUCACCCAUUCUCAUAAAAUUAUCUAGCGCUAGUCUGGCGUGGAAUUACUUGUCACAUGGUUGGCAGCAGAGAUCGGUGAUAUACAUACCUAGAGAGUGCCGCAAAAACCCACAUCUCAAAUCGGUACAACCCCUAACAUCUUUCCUACUGAUAGGACUUGAGAGGAUACUGGACAUAUCAAAAUGGCCGCUUUAUACUUAUCUCCCCAAUAACCACCAGUAUGCUUAUCAAAAUAUUAAAACGACGGAUUUGUCAUUGCGUAACCUCGUAGAGAAAAUCAUCUGAUCCUUCAACAAUGAAGAGAUUGCAGUGGCUGUAUUUCCCGAUUUCGAAAGAGUAUUUGACGACUCACUGCCUAAAUCUAUCGGAUCAGCCUUGGCUGAAAAAGGCUUUAAAUCAACUAUAACUCACUGCAAUGCACAUGAACAAAACAAACUGCAAUUCAGUGGCUGCUCUCGGGGCAGUGAAGUAUCUCUUCAUCUGUGGUCACUCCUGAUGGAUAGUCUGCUUGAUCUACUUGACAGAAGAGAAAUAGAUCUGCUAGAUCAUGCAGAUGACCUUGUCAGCCUGGCAAAGGCAGUGUUUGGAAGUAUAGCCUGUAAUAUCCUCCAACAAAUACUUGACGAUGUUCAUAGUUGGGGUCAAAGGAAGCAGAUAUCUGUAAACCUUAGCAAAACUGUGAUAGUCCUCACCAGGAAGAGGAAUCAAGAUGAUUACCUCCAUUUUCCUUCAACGGUUAGGUCAUUCCAUUUGCAGCGGAGAUGAAAUAUCUAGGUAUUAUUCUUGAUAAAAACUCAGUCAGUACAGUUAUUUGAAAAAGGUUUAACAUAGAGUCAUACUUUCCUGGUGGACAUAUCGAAGGAUUUGCGAAAAAAUUUAGGGCUUGGCCCCCAAACAAAUACAUUGGAUAUAUGUAAUGACAAUCAGACCAAAGAUAAAUUGCCUAACCAGAAAGAUCACCUACCAAAUAAGUUGAUCACCCACCAAAUAGGUUGAGCACCCAUAAUAAACCAUUGAGAGUUUCAGUGUCUGCCUUUCAGCAUUUUUAGUUGCAAACUUCUUUCAAAUCAGACUAGCUAGACUGCAGAAGCAAAAUAAAUAAAAUGAUGAAUAGCAUGCAUUGCCUAUUUGUUUGUACAAAAUAGGAUAAUUUACUAUAACAAAUACAUCCCAUAUUAUUGUUAUAGAUAUUACUUAUGAACUGUUUUCUGUUAAAAUCUGUUUUUCCAUUAACCAGCUGUAUCCUUUUUUUAUCAAGGGCAUAUCUUUCAAAAGGUUCAUUAUUGAACCAUUUUAAAGGAUUUUCAGUCUUCUCUUAUAAUCAGAUCAUAAGAGCUUCAUUACGAAAUUACCAUUAGUCAUUGAACCGUCUACUUAAUUGAAUCUAGUCUUCACAGUCGUAGGGGACUGGGUGGGCAUACAUAUUUUCAUAAAACAUAUAAAAAAGAUAUGAAAAACAAAAGGAAGGUUUCUAAUUUAUUAUAUCAAAAUACGAAUAUUACUAGCAAAAUAUAAUAGUCACAUUUCCACAGAUAACAUUUGAAGAAUAUUAAGAUAACUCUGUAAACAUGGUUUUAGUGUCACUGGUCAAAGUUCAAUUGAAUAUGUAAACAUAAGGUCCAUAUAAUGAUCGACUUUCUCAAUGUUUGGGGUAAAAUAAUCGAAUACAUUUGCAACAAUUUAUGACAUGAAAGUUUUACAAGAAAUAAUGAAGACCUCAUGGUUUCCAGUUGAUUUUAAAAAAUGUAUCAUUACAAUUUAAUUAUGUUCCCAUCUCAGAAGUAUUGCAAAUUUUGGAAAAUAAGGCAUGUGUGCUAUUAAAUACAACAAAUUAC